CAGUUGACGAGAUUAACUUCAUGCGGUCUCUGUUGGGUUUGAGGACCAAAAGCAACAACAGAAAUGGUAGUAGCAGUGAGAGUAAACUCACUAAAGCCAUUAACAUGGACUCCAUUUCUUUCUUCUUUAAAUAGCUUCAAUUGGCCUUGUUCUUUUAUAUCUAUUCCAAGAAAACAUUCAAAAUCAACACCCUUAUUUAGUCAAAUGGCAACUAGUGAGGCAGAGCCACAAAUAAUGACCAAAGUUAUUGACUCACAUUUACAUGUUUGGGCAUCCCCACAAGAGGCUGCAGAGAAGUACCCCUAUUUUCCUGGUCAAGAACCUAGUUUGCCUGGUCAUGUCGAUUACUUGCUGGAGGUACAUGCUUCGAGUUCUUUAAAUAGUUGUGGAAGGGUUUGUGGAUGUGGAAUUGUGGAAGGGUUUGUGGACGUGGAGUUACUGCACUCUAUCUCACUUAUGGACUUCAAAUAAUUCUACUAAAUUUCGAUUAUGCGUGAAAUUCGCGAAAGGGCCAAACCACAUUGAAUGUUAUGUAAGAAAUCGUAUAAAUGCUUAAAAUGUGAUACUCUUUCUAUUAUUAUUAUCAAAAAUUUUAGCACUGCGGGAGACAUUUUUUCAUG